GCAGUCGAUGUCUAGUGCGCGCACAGGGAGCAGCGUGGCAGCCCCACGUUCAGUCGCAGUAUUCCGAAGUGCGUACGGACGCCUUGCUAAUCUCCGAGGAGAGGAAACCGCAGUAGACGAAACCCAGACGUAUUGCAGCAGUGAUGGGAACCGUACCAGAUGAGCAAAAGGCCAUUCCAUCGUGGCUGGACAGAGCAUUCAUCGUGAGCGCACUUAAGUGUGGCGACCCGACAGUCGACGAAUCAAGUGUCCAACUAAAGUCGAUGGGCCAGGUUGGUGGUGGACUCCUAAGUGAAACUUACAGAGUAGUCGCUCAAUUGCACUCUCUCGGAGAGUCCCAUGAGCGGGAAACAUCAGUUAUCGUGAAGAGCUCGCCAACAGUGGGUGGCUUCAUCAAGGAACUGGCGGACAGCGGUGUGUUCACCAAGGAGACGGUCGCCUACGGCAGCUUCCUGCCCGCCAUGGACGCUGCGCUCGAGACCAUAGAGGGCGAAAGCUGGAGGCCACUGGCUCCCAAGUUCUACCACCACGGGUCGCAGCCUACCAGCUUCUUGGUGGUCGAGGAUCUGGACGCCUCGGGAUUCCACAAAGUAGCCCAAGGUGUCAGCCUGGACGUGGACCAGUGCAGAGCUGUGCUGCGAAAUCUGGCUCGCAUGCACGCCGCCUCGGUGACACUACUCGAUGACCAGCAGUACAACGAGAAACUCUUUCACCAGUCACUCAUCUUCUCCAGAAGACUGGUGGACACUUUCCAAGACAAAAAUCAGAGGUAUGCGGACGGUACAUUCGAUUUCCUGGAACAUUACACGUGGUUUCAGAAAUACGUACACAAGAUGGAAAAACUGUCCACGCGUUUUGUGGGAGAGGUAGUGGAUGUGGUGGAGCAGUGCCAGGUGGACUUCAAGGUCAUGGUGCAUGGAGACCUGCACAAGAAUAACGUGAUGUUCCGGGAAGAUAGCGACGGCUUGCAGGUCCGGUUCUACGAUUUCCAGGGAAUCCACAUCGGGUCUCCAGCGGAGGACCUGCAGUACUUCUUUCACACGAGCGCCAGCCUGGAGGUGAUGCGCGACCACACGCAGGGCCUGCUGGCCGACUACCACGCCGUGCUGCAGGGCACGCUGCGCGCCCUGGGGCUGCAGCGGCAGGCGGACGGCUACCCGCUCGAGCAGCUGCUGCGAGACAUGGACCACUUCGGCAUGAUCGCCGUCUUCGUAUCUUUCACUAUGCUGCCUUUUAUGCUCAAUUUCGGCGAAAUGGAAUUUGCAAUAGAUACUUCGGACGAUCAGUUUGAAGUGAAAUCCAAGAAAUUCUAUGAGAAGAGUUGGCGGAACGACAGAUACCUUGCAUAUCUUCAACAUCUUUUGCCUGUCUUCGAUUCGAAAGGGCUCCUUGACCAGAAAGUUUGAUUCGAUAAAAAAUAUAGGGGUAAUCAAGUAGUUAUAUUGGUUCCCACCUGUUUACACGUUGCGUAUACUGAGCGAGGCUGGCCGGGGUGGCCGAGCGGUCCUAGGCGCUUCAGUGUGGAACCGCGCGACCGCUACGGUCGCAGGUUCGAAUCCUGCCUCGGGCA